UUCUGUAUUUUUUUCUAUCCAGAAGCGAGAUCAUUUCCUUGCGAUCUGAGCGUGACAAGUUAGGACUAGAAGCACGAUUUGCGCAAGAAAAAUUGGCCAGAUUUAUGAAAGAAUUUGAGCAUCAGAGAGAUGAACAUAAUGGAGUCAUAGCGAGAAACAUUGAGUUCUCACAGCUGAUAAUCGACUACCAGCGGAAGGUGCGUGAAAGUUCCGAGUCGCUGAAUACUACUGAGGAGCUGUCACGCAAGUUAACAAUGGAGGUCGCUGUCCUGAAGAAUGAAAAGGAGAUGUUGCUCAACUCUGAGAAGAGAGCUUUUGAUGAAGUUCGUAGUUUGUCAGAGAGAGUUUAUCGUUUGCAGGCCAGUUUAGACACCAUGCAUAGUACUCAGGAAGUGCACGAGGAGGCCAGAAGCAUAGAGAGGAGAAAGCAUGAGGAGUAUGCUAAAAAAAUUGAGAAAGAAUGGGCUGAAGCUAAAAAGGAGCUUCAGGAAGAACGUGAGAAAGUUCGGAAUCUUACACUUGAGCGCAAAAAUGCCAUGAUGAAUGCCAUGAAACAAGUUGAAACUCAGGCUAAAGAAUUAGCUGAUGCCUUGCAUUCUGUGGCUUUUACGAAGUCUCAUCAUUUCUCUCAUACAUCCUCUUUCUCUCUAGCCAUAAUGCUAAAUGUUGCCCUCUCUCAUUCUCUCUCUUUCAAGCUCGUCAAUGGUCGCCAAGUUUCAAGCUUAUUUUUUCCUUUAAAAGAGGUUUUUAUUAUCAAGCAUUUUUUUAUGAUUUUUAAUGUCUAA